UUGUAAUUAAGUUAUUAUAUAUUAUUUUUUAACGAUGUUAAAGAAGAUAAGAUUUUUGUGUGAAAUAUUAACUGAUCUAUUUUUUGUUGUAUUAGCCCAAAUACCAUGGGCAUGUAUUAGAACGAGGGCCAUACCUUUUCAUAGAGGUUUUUUUUGUGAUGAUCAAACUCUCAUGUAUCCGUAUAAAGAGUCUAGUCUUCGCAGGAGUGGAUUGGUUGCUAUCAAUUUUUUGAUUCCAAUAUUUACAAUAUUGAUAUUGGAAUUUAUCUUAGCUGGAUUAUAUCACCAAAAGUUAACUGUUAAUGAAGGAAACAAAAACAAAGGAAUCUAUGUAAGAUUUGCAUUCAAAGCUUUGUGCGCCUUUUUUAUUGGAUAUGGCAUAAAUCUAACUGCUACAUAUGCAAUAAAAUUUGUUACUGGCCGGUUAAGGCCUAAUUUUUUCGACGUGUGCAAUCCCAAUUAUGAGAGACCUUGCAAACACCAAUUCUAUUACAAUAAUGCCAUCUGCACUAGGAAUAAUUUGCUUGCCAUUAGAAAUUCUAGACUAUCCUUCCCUUCUAAAUAUGCCAGUACCUCAAUGUACAGCAUGGUGUUUAUAGCUCUCUACUUGCACCUAAGAGCGAGAUUAUGCAGGCUUCAAUCUUUCAAAACAUUUUUCCAAACCUGUUUUAUUCUCUUAUCCCUAUACAUUUGUUCUACACGCAUCGCGGAUUACCGUAACCACUGGGGAGAUGUCUUGGCUGGUUUAAUUCUAGGAGCCAUUUUUGGAAUCAUUUUUGCAAAUUCUGCUGUUAAUAGCAUAUAUUCCUUCCUAGAUAGGAAGAUUAUAACUAGACUAGAUUCCGCACUACCCGAUUCAAACUAUCAGGGAUCGCCUGCCAAUCCUCCUUAUCAAAACAAUCCCAAUUUCCCAACUAAUAACCCACAACCAAUGACUAUUUCUUCUCCAUCUAGAUUUUAAUGUGAAGGAGGGGGAAAAGUGAAGAGGAAAAUUAAUAUAUCAUUUUUAUUAUAAAUUAAACUUGUCAUAAAAACAUUUUCAUGUGUACACGUAAACAAUUAAAUUCAAAAUCAGAAUCUCGAUAAUUUCUAUUUUGUUUUUAAAUAAAAAAUCUUCGACGCGGAAAUCUUAUAAAAAUUUUGUCCAGGAUAUAAAAUUUUUAUAAAUUUUUUUUUUAAAGAGACGGAAAAUUAUAGCUACCUCUUGGGAUUUCAUAUAUGGUUGCUUUC